UGGACGAUGUGUAGAGGGGACCCUCCCUUUGACCAUCCAGCCCAGCACCGGCAGUCGGGGUGCCAGGAGGAGCUGUGCUUCAGGACCAACCACCUCCGAAGCGGCUCGAACCCCUUCAGAUGCUGCCAAAUCCCUUUUUCAGUUGGAGUGUAGCGGGCCUCGGAUCCUCUGUAGCCCCGACUCCAGAACCCCAGGGGUCGGCCUCGAGUCUCCCCUGGUGCUUUCUGCCAGAGACUCCAGGUCGGGCCGUUCUCCCCGGCUGUGGUGUAGAGCACGUUUUUAACAUCUGGUCCUGCCCGGACUGGCCCAAGGGCUACCACACGGACUAUCUCCUGGUUAAUUUGUUCAGAGGCUUGUCGUUGCUCAGGGCCCUGUUUGAAAUCGUUCUUCUGGGUCCUGGUGCUUUUCCCAGUCAUUCCCAGUUAGACUCACGUUGUCCUCCCAUACAGUCGGCUGUUGGGAAGCCCCUGUCACUCCAGAAAUACAGAUGGGUUCUGCCCCUUCAUGGCUCGAUGGCAUUCGGGGACGCUGUGCACCGGUGUCCACUAGAGCCUUGUCCUCCUGGGGGUCUGACGUGCCAGGCCAUCGGAUCCACACAGUCCAGGAAACCCGGUUGUGCCUCUCCUCCACCUGGCUGGAGGCAGGGCCCCUCUAGUCCUGCUCAUCGUAUUCGCUACUCACUUCUUGUGAAAAUGACUUAGAAGUCCCUUCAUGAGGAUCAUAAGUAUGAUCAGCCCUUCCACUCGUUCUGGGGAACUGCCCACUGGAAACAGGAGUGGCAUUUUUCCUGGAAUAAUCCCCUUUUGUGAUUGUUUUUCCUUGGAAGUCAUGUACUCGUGCCUCAAGGGUUGAGGGAGCUUUUCCAUCCCACUUCCUCGCAUCUUCUCCGUCAUCACACAGGUAAAACCACAGGGUUCCUCGUGGUGUGCACCCUCUAUAUCCCCUCUCCUGGGCAGAGCAACCCUUACUCCUAAUAGCUGAGAUACUGGUCCAUACAGGUGGGCAGUAGGACAGAUUCUCUUUGAGUUGCCGGACCUUCCGGGACAGUUUCUCCACAUCCGAGACAAGGGAGGAAGAGAGACUUUCUUUGUAUUGACAGAGUCGGCCAGCCACUUCAUCCACCGUUGGUGCCUCUUCGCCUUCCCAGUCCAUCACUGCCAAUGAGUUGGUGUACGACGAUGGUGCACUCUGUACAAACCUCCACCACAUGGGUCAAUUCCAGGCUACUGGCCCCAUUAUCCCAGCACCAGAGCAGCCAGCUGCUCCCCCUGGACGAUGGAUGAAAUUCUUUCACCUAUCUCGCAGCUCACUCAGGGACAGGGACUGUGUGAUUACCUCUGGUUCUGCCUCUUGCUCCUGUUCUCCUGAUGGUCCAGGUUCAUCGUCAUGCCUUAGCUGGCCUGCCGUCAAGCCAGAGAUCAUCUGCCAGAUGGAGCGAGCAGAGCUGCCGUGUGUGCCAGACCCCCCCAGGACACAGCGGAGCCACUGGACCCCUGUCUCAGCAGCCGGUGACCCUGGGAGGCAGAGGGAGGCUGGGGGGGUCCCCGAGGGGCUGCUGGCACCCACCGCCCUGCUCCCGGGGAUGCCCAAACGGGGCAGGAGGCGUCGGGGGCGCUCAGCCCACAGCCGGCCGGGCAGGAGCCAGGGGGGUUCCUCAGGGCGCCCUCGCCUCCACCCCUUGCCGACCCCCCGGCCGCUGGAGAAGACCCCCCCUACGUGUCCUGAGUGUGACAAGAGCUUCAAGCGCCAGACAGCAUUGGAAGUCCAUGUGCGGAGCCACACGGGUGAGCGGCCCUUUGUCUGCACCGACUGUGGGAAGCGCUUUGGCCACAAGCAUCACCUGCUGAGACACCGGCACGUGCACACCGGUGAGAAGCCCUUCACCUGCAGCCACUGUGGCCACCGCUUCAGUGAGAAGCGCUAUCUGGUCAUCCACCAGCGCAUCCACACUGGGGAGCGCCCCUUCGCCUGCACCCACUGUCCCAAGGCCUUCAGGGACAACAGUACCCUCACUGCCCACCAGCACGUCCACACCGGGGAGCGACCCUUCGCCUGCCAGCAGUGCCCCAAGGCCUUCAGGGACAAGAGGACCCUCACAGCUCACCAGCGGGUCCACACCAGUGAGCGCCCCUUCGCCUGCACCCACUGCCCCAAGACCUUCAGGGACAGCAGUAGCCUCAGUGCCCACCAGCGCAUCCACACCGGGGAGCGACCCUUCGCCUGUGCGCAGUGUCCCAAGACCUUCAGGGACAAGAAGACCCUCACCAUCCACCAGCGUGUCCACAUCAGUGAGCGCCCGUUUGCCUGCACCCACUGCCCCAAGGCCUUCAGGGACGAGAGGACCCUCACUGCCCACCAGCUCAUGCACACCGAGGAGCGACCCUUCAUGUGCACCCACUGCCCCAAGGCCUUCAGGGAUGAGAAGACCCUCACCAUCCACCAGCAGGUCCACACCAGUGAGCACCCUUUCACCUGCACCCAGUGCCCCAAGGCCCUCGGGGAAAGCAGUACCCUCACUAUUAACCAUAGCGUGCACACUGAGGAGCUCCGCUUUGCCUGCACCUACUGCCCUAAGACCUUCAGGGACAGCAGUAGCCUCACUGCCCACCAGGACAUCCACACCAGGGAGCGCCCCUUUGCUUGCCAGCAGUGCCCCAAGGCCUUCAGGGACAAGAAGAACCUCACUGCCCACCUGCGCAUCCAUACUGGGGAGCGCCCCUUUGCCUGCCAGCAGUGCCCCAAAGCUUUCAGGGACAAGAAGACCCUCAUAGCCCACCAGCGCAUUCACACCGGGGAGCGACCCUUUGCUUGUGCCCACUGCCCCAAGGCCUUCAUGUACAAGAAGACCCUCAUAGCCCACCAGCGCAUCCACACCGGGGAGCGCCCCUUCGCUUGUGCCCACUGUCCCAAGGCCUUCAGGGACAGCAGUACCCUCACCAUCCACCAGCGCAUCCACACCGGGGAGCGCCCCUUUGCCUGCUCCCAGUGUCCCAAGGCCUUCAGGGACAAGAAGACCCUCAUGGCCCACCAGCGCAUCCACACUGGGGAGCGCCCCUUCUCCUGCCCGCAGUGCCCCAAGGCCUUCAUGUACAAGAAGACCUUCGCUGCCCACCAGCACAUCCACACUGGUGAGCGCCCCUUCGCCUGCCCACAGUGCCCCAAGGCCUUCAGGGACAGCAGUACCCUCACUGUCCACCAGCGCAUCCACACUGGUGAGAAGCCCUUCAAGUGUGGUGAGUGCGGGAAGACCUGCAGCCAGAAACAGAACUUGAUGAGCCACCAGCGGUUGCACCAGAGCCCAUCAGCAGUGCCAGAGAGCAGCCAGUGUGAGACAGGGGGUCCAUCCCUGGUGGAGAAGCAGGCAGAGGACAAGCCCUUCCAGUGCGGCCACUGCGAGAAGCGGUUUCGGGAUGAGGGGAUCAUGCUGGCUCACCAGCGCACCCACAGCACCCACAGCCUGUGGCCACCUCCGCAGCCCAGCACCACCUGAAACUGCUGCUGAGGGGCUGCGGGGUGCUGGGACCUGUGAGGAGAUGUCCUGGUUUCAGCUGGGAUAGAGUUAAUUUUCCUCGUGGUAGCGGGUAUAGAGCUGUGUUUUGGAUUUGGGAUGAUAACAGACUGCUGUUUUGGUUGUUGCUCAGCAGUGUUUACCAGGUCAAGGACUUUUCAGCUUGUCCUACUGCCCCUCCAGCGAGGAGGCUGAGGGUGCACCAGAGGACAGGAGGGGACACGGCCAGGACAGCUGACCCAGACUGGCUCCAUACCAUAUGAUGUCAUGCUCAGUAUAUAAACUGGGGAGGAGCUGGCCGGGGGCGUGAUUUCUGCUCAAGGAUGCGCUGGGCAUUGGACAACAGGUGGUGAGGAAUUGCAUUAUGCAUCAUGCUUUGUGUAUUCUUUUAUCAUUAUUAUUGUUGUUGUCGUCAUCGUUGUUAUUAUUAUUAUUAUUACCUUCCUUUGUUGUCCUAUUAAACUCUCUUUAUCCCA